AUGUCGCUCCCGAGGACUCACAGCGACUGGCAGCUGGCCUGCGCGGAGUUGGAGUUGGCAUACUACGCGCUUGCACUUCUACCCAUUGCGUACAUCUUCUACACCCAAGGUCGAUCUGCCUUGCGAGCCUGGAUCUGCCUCGGUCUGUACACGGGACUGCAAAUAGCCGGCAACGCCAUCGUUGCUGCUGCUGGACCGGAUGGCGAGUAUAGCUACAUCGGACCGCUCCUGGCCUCUGUCGGCCUUUCACCACUCCUUAUCGGUACUGCUGGUAUUCUGCAUCAGUGGUUCGCUACGAUAAGAUUCUUCCGAAGCUCUCAGUCGGGCCUCAGCAAGAGGACGCAAGUCGUCGGCAUCGUCUUCCACGUGGGAGCCACUAUUGCCGUCGCCUUGAUUGCAGCAGGAGCGUCUCUGGCCGCGCAAAACAGCCCACCUGCGUACGCUCCAACACUGCUACGUAUCGGUGCGAUCGUCCUAUUCGCCAUGUUCCUGGUCCUCUGUGGUAUCACUGUCUGGCUGCCGUUCCUGUACAUGCGUGACAGCAGCAAGGCCCUGAUCUGGGCUGUCAUAAUAUCUCUCCCGGCUUUGGCGGUCCGCUAUGUCUGCGAGCUCUUCAGCAGCUUCUCUUCAAGCCUGGACUUCAAUCCAAUCUAUGGCAAGAUCGUAUUUCGAGUUGUUUUGGAGGUCAUACCACAGCUAUUCGUGCUUUUGGUCUUGAUUGUGGGAGCAAUUGUGCACGUUGAGGACGAAAUCAAGCAUGACAUUCUUAUCGACAGGACGGCUACUAUACCGCUGCGAGAUGCAGACGAAGAGGAGGGGAGGGCGUCGGAGGCCUCUAUGUGGCUCGUGCUCAAGAACUUCGGAACAGCUUUCGAUUGCGCGCCGCGCCGCUCAGCGCAGAACUUCAUCUACAUCCACACCUUCGCAUUGAAGUAUCGAUCGACAUUCCGUCCGCCACAUGCUCUUGCGAACGUCAAGCUGGUCUGUAAGCAAAUCCGAGACGAGCUGAGCGAGGAGAUCACGAACGCCAAGAAAACACAAGCGACUGCUCUUCUGGUUGACAUGAAGAAGGUCGGCAAUAACGCACCUCUGAUUGUCAGCCCGGAAUUCUUCAGAUAUCCAAUCCGACGACUCGAUGCUGCCGUUCUAGGAGGGUUUGCAGCAGUCACUUUUGUAACGCCAUUCAUCACCCAGGAGGACUAUCCCGAACCUGAUGACCCCUUCUGGAAGAAGAAAGGCAUGGCAUAUCGCAACGACUAUGAGUCUGUUGGUGGACACGACUGCUGGUAUGGAAGAUUCCGGUACACGAAACGCAGCAACGAGCAAGGCACAAGCACAUGGACACUCAAUGCCGUCGAAGGAGAUCUUCUUCGUGACUCUGAGGACGUCAAGAUUGACGUUGUUGAGCACGAGCUGAAGUUGGCUGCGGCGAAGAAACACGUUGAUAGGAUGGUGGUGGAGAAGCAACACGACGGUGAUCCACUCGAAGACAUCCUUGCAGCGCUACAAUCGCCUUUUCGUUGGAUGGAUUGCAAGGGCGAGAGAUUCGCAAUCUUGGGCGGCAUCAGCCCUUUCCUCGAGUUCGACCAUUAUGAGAGAGACGGCUUUCAGCAUUCUUACUUCGCGGUCUUGUGCGAGCUUGCGGAGUCCCGCGACUCUGCAUACAAGAAAACUUACUACCUCUGA